AUGGUUCCCGCACCACCACCAGUCCCGACGCGCUUCCCUUGUUGGGUUCGGGCUGUCUACUCGUGGGGAGGAGAGAACAAACGCGAUCUCGGUUUCAUCGAAGGCGACCUGAUAGAAUGUCUCAACGCCGGAGACGGCUCGUGGUGGACGGGGAGGCUAUGGCGCGACAGGAGGGCAAUUGGCGUCUUCCCCUCCAACUUCGUCGAGCUGAUGCCAGAAAACUUCAGGCCGACCAGCAGAUCCGCGAGCCCAAUGGCUGCCAGCCACUCUCCCAGUCCCAGCGGCACCCCACACAAGUCGAGGACCUUUCGAAAACCCUUCGAGGCCUACUCAAAGGCUCCCCAUUAUACCACAGCAAAAGUUCCCGAGACCUACAAGGACUGCUCCGUAAGCCGACCCCCGCGCGCCGGCUCGAUUCGACAACGAUCACGAGGACCCAUAGGGCACCCAGGAGGAAAUGACUACGGAUAUUCCCACGGCGGUACUCAUCCACCUAGCCAUGGAGGGAGGGCACCGUCACCGGCACCAUUCAGGGCUGCGGCUGCGUCGCCGAAUCCCUACCGAGCACCCUCUCCGGCUCCGUAUCCGGUACCGAUACCGCCGCCUCUAGCCGGGUCACCAGCACCGACAGGACCCUUUCGGGCAGCAUCACCGUCGCCUUACAGGGAAGCAUCGCCAGCACCAUACCGCCCCCGAGCUUCAUCACCCGCCCCAUACGUACCCUCCCCCGCGCCAUACCACUCCCAUUCGCACUCACCGUCACCGGCACCGCUCCGAAACGCAUCGCCAUCCAGGUCACGAUCUCCUCUCAAGCAUCAGCUGGAUUACAGGGGGACACCACCAAUAAGAGAUGUGUCGCCAGCUAGAGUGUAUUCACCAAUGAGAGCUCAUUCUCCCGCGCCUCCAUCGCCAUCACCAUCGUACAGGCCCUACCGACCUCCCCAGUUACAGGAUGGCCAAUACCAGGAAGGGGGUCCCGGGCGAGGGGAUACACCGCCUCCACCGCCCCCUCCGCAUCGCAACCUCGUUUCGCGACAUGGAUCCAAAAAUUCGUACAACGGGGACCAGCAGUCACCGUACUAUGAGGAUAUACCAAGACCGAAUUCCACGGCUCCAUAUAACCAGAAUUCCAAUGGCUACCCCAUGGCAAGGACACCUUCCCCAUGCCCUCCUUCACCGGCGGCAUCAGGUGCUAUGACUCCGUCACCGUUGAGAGAGGCCAUGGAUGAUGUGAUGGAGCAGUUGGACGUGUUGAGCGGCGGCGGUAAACUUCCUCGCGAUGGAUCUCCGGAGCCUUUCGACCCCUGGGCGCCCGAGGCUUUUGAAGAAAUUCACCAAAAAUCGAGGAAAGCUCGGGAUAAACGACCCCAGAGCACCAUGCUAAUCGACGAGGGGUACGAAACAUACAGUGGGACUGGCUCGAGCUUAGUAGGACCCGCCUCCAAACCUCCUCAACAACAAGAUGAGCCAUCACGCCUCCCACAGUUAAGUAACUACGUCGAGAGGAUGGAAUCCAGGUUGAGGACCAUGCACCAACACAGCGCCAGCAUGAAUAACAUUACCGAACAAGGCCCCCCUCCUCCCCCUAAAAGUCCGUUCAUGAACAGGCCAAAGUCAUCAAUCGAGUCCCGAGUGGCGGCAGACCCAAGGCUUAGGAAGAAGAAGUCAUCAUAUGAUAUGGGGCGACAGACUCUUGAUCGAAGUUCGACCACAAAGACCACGUCGACUAAUGCAUCCGAUACCCCAAGCAAUGUUACCUUUUCCUCGGCAACAACUGACAGUACUAAUCGGAGUCUGAUGAGCGGUGUUUCAGCUGGAGGCAUAAGCGCCACCAGCGCUGGAAGCUUGGCAAGGAAGAACCGAAUCAGGGCUCACAGUGCGCUCAGCAUCCAGGAGGAAUCCGACCGCCCAGGAACUCCGUUCACAGGGGUAACGUACCAUAGCAGCCAUGCUUCGGAGAAUCUACAUAUGCGACCCAAGUCCCGUACCGAUCUUGGACAGGAGGACUCGAUGGGUAACCUGGGAGGUCUUGUUACCCCCAAGCCGAAGAAGCAGAACUUCAUCAAGCGAAUUCUCGAGUCUGCCAAGACUGGAGUUGCGAACAGCAGAAACAGCAUCGCUUCUGCAGGGUCAUCCUCACCGACUAAAUCAGCGACAAAUCCGCUUUCUGCUCUAUCUGGAGGUCCGUCCCUGUUACCGGCGAAGAAUAUUGGGAGGGAAGGCAUGGGCAGUGGUGUUGACUGGGUCCAGGUUCGGCGAGACGUCAACCGUUCAAACUCAUUGAGUCAGAACGAGCGUACGGAACGAAAGGAAAGAUGUCAAAUGCUGGACCAUCCAGCUUUGAAUCCCGUGGAGGAACUGUACAACAGCAUCGAUGGCGAUGAGGGCGAUGAUGGCAUGCCCGUCCAGGAGCCGUUUAACUAUCUAGCCAUUAACUUGAGCCAGGUCGACAAGAACUCCCGCUUUGUGGCCAGCCUGCCCCCUACCAUCACAGCUGCGUCCCUUGCGGCUACCUACGUUUGCCGACCAUACAAUAGCGAUGUUCAACGCUUACGAGCCAUCUUCACCUGGGUUUCCGAAAAGGUUUGCUGGGAAGAGGACUUUGAGGGGCCUAUCGACACGCGACGAGUUAUUCACUCGAAGCGUGGAUGCUGCGAAGAGUUUGCGGUUCUCGUUGCGGAGAUGUGCGAAGCUGUGGGCCUGCAUUGUGAAGUCGUCCGCGGUUAUCUCAAGUCGCCAGGCGAGAUCCCGGAUGCCAAUAUUGUUCCCCGUCCCAACCACUGGUGGAAUGCGGUAGUUGUUGACAACGAGUGGAGGAUGAUGGAUACCUGUUUGGCGAGCCCGUCCUUUCCACGCCGUGCCCUGUACUCGAGUUGGAACAGCUCUCAAGCCGACCCCUGGUGGUUCCUAGCACGCCCUACCGAGAUCUGCUGGACGCAUAUCCCCGAACACCACGAACAACAACACAUCUGCCCGCCUGUCGCUCACGAGAUUCUGCUCAAUCUUCCCUGUGCCUGCCCACCCUACUUCAAGAACGGCCUGGACAUGUUUGACUACAACACCUCUCUGACCAGGAUCGAGGACCUCGAAAUGGUGCAUAUCAAGUUCAACGUGCCAGCCGAUGUCGAAAUUGCCGCAGAGGUCGAGACUCGCGCCUUCACUAAGGAUAACGACGGUGAUGUCUUUGAGUCCGGCGAAGUAGUCAAGAAACGCGCCCUCGCACAAGCAGAGUGGUUCGGGGGCGUGAAGCGCUACACCGUCAAGGCCCUCCUGCCCGGCGACGAAGGCACCGGCACGCUCAAGAUCUACGCCGGCAAGCGUGGCCUGAUGCACAGCAUCAAGGACAUCCCGCACCCUCUCGCCUUCGCUCUUCCCAUCAUCCACACGGGCGAAAACCCGCCCUACGAGUUCGUCACCCGCCACCCGACCCCCCACGCCCAACGCCACGACCUUUACAUCGUCCAACCCCAAUGCCAGGGUCUCGCCCUCAACAAUACCUUCGUCUUCAUUAUCCGCCAACACCCGAGCUCGAGCUCGACCUCCGACGGCCCCACGUCCCCCUCCAUCACCUCCGGCAGCGCUUCCCCGAUCCCUUUCCUCCGUCCUUCCAGCGCCAUGAGCAUGACCUCGAGCGCAGCCGGUGGUUCCCAGCCCAGCACCACCGCCGGCGGUUCCAGCGGCAGCAGCAGCAAGAAACCCGCCAAGCUGGCCAUCCAAACGCCGGGCGGUAAGAUCCUCCGGCUGAUGAGAAAAGAGGACAGGGGAGGCAAAGGAGGCAUCGGGUUCGGCAGCCGGGCGGCCGCGCAAGCAGCGGCCGAGCCGGGCGAGGAAGGGGACGGAGGAACUUGGGAGACCAUCAUCAAGUGCAGCGAGCGCGGCACGUGGAGGGGACUGGUGUUGGCCGAUAGGACGGCCAGGUGGUGCGUUUUCGCCGAGUGGGUUUGUCAGUAA